GAGCCGUAGUAACAACACCAGAAAUAGCACGAGUAAUGGCGCAAAAAAUUCAGUUCAAUACUUUUGGUGGGAACCCCGUGUGCUCUGCUGGUGGACUUGAAGUAUUGAGAGUCAUAGACCAAGAGAAGCGUCAAGAGCAUUGUGCUGCUGUUGGUUCGCACUUGAGUGGACGUUUGAGGGAGCUACAAAGAAGUCAUGACAUCAUUGGAGAUGUAAGGGGCAGGGGCUUAAUGGUAGGGAUAGAACUUGUGACUGACAGGAAGGAAAAAACCCCUGCCAAAGCAGAAACUGCAAUCUUGUUUGAGAAACUUAAAGAGCUUGGCAUCUUAGUCGGCAAAGGUGGAAUACAUGGAAAUGUGUUUCGUAUCAAACCACCGAUGUGCUUCACCAAAGAUGAUGCAGACUGUCUUGUUGACGCGUUGGACUAUUCAAUGUCAAAGUUGUGAGGAGCUACCUGCCAGAAGCUGAGAUCAAUAUGUAAUUAUUCACAUUUUUUGGCAUCGAUCUCUUCUGAUAGGUUGCUUUCAAUAAUAUCGAGCAAAUAUCUAACCUUUCUAACAAUAGGAUGAGUUUGCUUGUUUCUGAUUCUAUUACCUGAAAAAAUCAAACUGUAUUUCCA